UUAGAUUGGGUGUUUGGCUUGUAGGGGCAUUUUGGGCAUUUAAAAUAUACUUGUUUUCAAUAGCCUUUUAAGUGGCUCGAUUAAGUUUUCUAGGUCUGCUUUUGGAGUUAUAGUAUGCUAUGGAAGAGAAGGAACCCCGUUAGCAGAUUCUAUUUGUCUCACUUGGCUUCUUGGUUUAAGCAAUAGCAAAGAAAAAGGAAAUAAGAGUUGUGCAUACCUUAUGAAGAAUUGUAGACAAAAAUGACAUUCUUUAAAAAGAGCAAUCAAUGAUCUAUCUUAACAAUCCAUCAUACCAGGAAUCUCAGGGUCACCCCUCAGUUCUGUGUAGAUCAACACCGGUUGCACUUAAUUCUGACCUUUUUUCAGUUUGUUGCGUGGUGAUUAAGACCUCAUUCCGUCUAGGUUUUCCGAUUCUGAUAACUGUUUGCUUCCAAGAUUCUGACGAUUGCAGAAUUUCCAGAUUUGGGUAACAUUUACUUUAGGUCGCUCGGUUCAAAUAUUUUUUCUUCUUAAUUCCUAAGAGUAAUUUUCUCAAGGGGUGUACCCAAACUAAAAAACGUCAUAGGAAACCUAGGGAGUAAUAGUUUAGGUUGGUUGUUUAUUGGAAAUUGAGUUUGAUUAUAUGGAGAAAGUUGGUAAGCAGGAAUUGUGUCCUUGUCAAGAUAGGGACAGGUAUCAUGAGCUUGGUAGCGCAUUGGAAGGAUGUGUUCAUGUGGAUGAAAAUUAUAAAACCUUGUUGUUAUCUAUAGAGAAGGGUAGAUCUGCCUAUGGUGGUUAUAGGCAUAACCUUAGUACUGAUGUUGAAGCUGACCCGCUUUAUAUGAAUUUUUUGGCUAAGACCAAGCUAGAUGGAGCAUCAUAUGUUUCUAAAGUUAAUGAUCUGAAUGGAUUGCCUGUGUUCAUCAAGUAUGAGAAAGAUAGGGAGUUGGAGAUCCAUGGAGUUGAAAAGGAUCAGGUUAAUGUUAGGGAAAAAUACAAAUUGGGGGAGAGUUCAAAAGGUCUAAAGGCUAAUGCGAGAGAGAAUAGGAGUGUCUCCAUUGUUGAGAAGCAGAAGAUGAAAGUUGGUACUCUGUGUAAGAAGCGAGGGAAUAAGGAUAGGGAGUUGGAGAUUCAUGGAGGUGAAAAUGGUCUGGACAAUGUAAGGGCAAAAUACAAAUUGAGGAGUUCAAAAGCUCUAAAGACUAAUGCCAGAAAGAGUAGGAUGGAAGAUGGGAUUUUAAGUAAGAAGCGAGGUAACGAGGAUAGGGAUUUAGAUGAUACGAAGCACAGAGUUGAUGUGAAGAUUGUACCUGGUAAGGAGCAGCAGUUGAAAGAUGGCAUUUUGAGUAAGAGGCAAGGAAACGAGGAUAGGAACUUAGAUAACAUGAAUCAUAGAUUUGAUGUGAUGAUUGUACAUGGUAAGAGACAGAAGAUGAAUGAAGGGAUUUUGAGUAAGAAGCGAGGAAACAAGGAUAGAGAUGUAGAUAACUGGAAGCACAUAAUUGAUGUGAACAUUAUACCUGGUAAGGAGCAGAAGAUUCAGAAUGAUAGCAAAUUCAUGGAUGCGGAAGUUAAAAUUGAACCUAGAGAUGAUUCUGAUUCUCUUAAGGAGACAGAAUCCCAAAGUGAAGUAGAAAUCCUUGAGAAUGUAGGUUCAGAGGUAGGCUGGGGCAGUAGCUCUAACCCCUUUGUACCUUCAGUGGAACGUUGCCUGAAUCUGGAUGCAACAAUCAUAGAUUCUAGGUACAGGAAGGAGGUUUUGAAUUUAAUGAGGACGCCCUACAAUGAAGAGGAGUAUAAGAAGCUCUGGAAAGACAUUAGGAUGCGAUUACCAUCUAGCUCAAGAAAUGGACGUGGGAAAUCCCUUCUAUCACUCCAUAAAGGUGUCAAUCAGGAAAUCAAAAGGGCCGGUCCUGACAAAGAUAAAAAGUUGAACAUCAUGCGUGGAUUUUUCUUUUGGUUAGAGCAUCUAACUCAGCAAGAUGCAUUCCAGCCUUGGGAGGAUGAAGAAUGUCUCCAGACGAAGCCUGGAUCUUCCUAGAAGCUGUUACUUUUUCCCAUUUCCCAAUGUCAAUGUGUGCCAUAAAAACAAGAAAUGGAAGAAAACCAACAACAAUUAUUGUGCCUUAGUCUCAGAUAAGUUGGGGUCGGCUAUAUGAAUCCUUAUUGAGGAUAUUUCCUUAUUUAACCUCAACUCAUGUUUUGUAGAAGAAACCCAAAGGUUAAUAUUUCAAUUACUGGUCGAUAACAUUUGUGUUGUGCAUGAUCCAUUUGGGAAAAGUUUUCAAGACAGACAGAGAAGGUGAAAGUUUCUUA